CAUGGCCUAGUGUGAAGAACCGUGAAAGAUUUACCCUUCCCUGUCCAUCGGCACGCGCACAACUUAUUUCUCGACCCUCGGCAUUUUCUUAACGACCCUUUCUUCCGAAUCAGAAUCACAGGCUAAUAUCACCAACAACUUGCAUCUUCCAGUGGGUUGUGUUGCGGACACUUUUCAGGCGCUGGCACCUACAGUAGUGUUGUCACAAUGGGGGAACACACUCGGGGCCAGUCUUCAGGUCUGGGAGGCGUUUUGAGACGUUCCUCUUGGAUACUGCUGACGGUUCAAUAUACGGCGUUCGUACUGCUUUUGCAUUAUUCCCGAGUCAUGCCUCCCACUGGAGGUAAACGAUACCUCACGUCUACCGCAGUCUUUCUCAACGAGGUCACCAAGCUUGCUAUUUCCUUGACGGUGGCCCUCUACGAAGUUUCGAGAUCAGCUCCCCCAUCGAUGCCUGCGACGUCGCUCCUCUCUUCGUUGACCAGUACUGUGUUCUCCGGUGACAGUUGGAAACUUGCCAUUCCUGCCAGCUUAUACACACUCGCGAACUCUUUGCAAUACAUUGCACUUUCCAACUUGCGGGCCGCGAACUUCCAGGUGACGUACCAGUUGAAGCUCCUCGUCGGCUCCAUUUUUAGCCUUCUUCUCCUGAAGAGAGCUAUACCGUUGCGUAAAUGGGGUUUCCUGAUUCUUCUUCUCGUCGGCGUCUAUCUUGUGCAAAUGCCAGAUGGAACAACCGAUGAAAUCUCACUGGAUCACGAGGCCGUGCAUCACUCUUUCCCCCGCUCAUUCGAAGAAUGGAAAGCCGUUAGAGGGAAACGCGCCAAUUUGCACAAGCGUUCAGCAACCUACGAGGGCAUUGAAGAGGACUUAUUGACCGCCCUGCCCCGAUUGAACAGCACAGUUGGUCUGCUGGCCACGAUUGGGGCCUGCGUCGCUUCGGGGCUCGCCGGUGUGUACUUUGAGAAAGUACUAAAAGACAGCGUAAAGACCACCUCUCUGUGGGUGCGUAAUGUGCAGUUGUCCGUGUAUUCUUUGUUCCCGGCCCUCUUCAUCGGUGUCGUCUUCCUCGACGGGGAAAAGGUCGCCGCAAACGGCUUCUUUGCGGGCUAUAAUUGGGUUGUUUGGUCGACUAUCGUGGUCCAGGCUAUUGGGGGCAUCACGACCUCUUUCUGUAUCAGCCACGCGUACAAGGACGCAAGAAACAUGGCCACUGCUAUUAGCAUUGUCCUCAGCACUUUGGGGAGUGUUUGGUUGUUUGGUUUUGAACUCACAGGGAACUUCAUUCUUGGGACUUUCGCGGUGCUUGUGGCCACAUUCCUCUAUGAGGAUUCCAGCUUAGAUUCCAGUCCUACUAAAGCUCACGGCAUCCGUCCACCGCCAAUUCGGAUCGAGCGGUUUGAGAAGGAAGCCAAGAGUGAUGAGACUUCACCUGUCGCAGGUCCGCAGAACGAAUUCUCGAUAAAACUCCCGAGCACCCCAUUCCUGUCUCAAGCUGGGUUGUCCACCUCCAGACCCACGUCGCCAGGCGUUGCUAGAAUCAGCUCUGGCCGCACUGCAAGCGGCGGCUAUUUCGAUAAGCAGUCACGGGACGAGUGAGCCUAUCGACUUCGAAGCAAAACCCGCAUUCACCUUGUCAAUAUUUAGCGUUGCUCCGGUAUCCGUGAUAUCGAGAAGUAAAUAAGAAUGUCCGACUCCGAGUCAUUGCAUUUCUUUUGGAAGGAAGCGUAGCAAGUCCUUGUACUCUAUACCUUUUGUGACCAUGGUUUGAUUUUGGUUGUUUAGUGAUGGUUAUUAUAUCUUCAUAUAGCAUGAGUCAUGGGAGAUGUCCUGAUGUGUAUGAGUGUAUAAGG